AUGAAAAGGUAUCACAAUCAUUUUAGCAUCGUGACCAACACCUCAUUCGGAUUACAAAAUGGCUUUCAAAUUCGCAGUCUUCGCCGCCGUCGUGGCCGUUGCCAACGCCGUCGCCAUCGGAUACCCAGCUGCCCACGUUGGAUACCCAGGUGCCUACCCCGGAGCUUACCCAGCUCUUGGAGUGGCCAAGGUUGCCGCCCCAAUUGCCCACGUCGGAUAUGGAGCUGCCUAUCCGGCCAUUGCCAAGGUUGCCGCCCCGGUUGUGGCCAAGGCCGUCGAUGACUACGACCCCAACCCACAGUACAGCUACAGCUACCACAUUGCCGAUGCCCUGACCGGAGACAACAAGGAACAGCAGGAGUCCCGCUCCGGAGAUGUUGUCACUGGAUCGUACGCUCUGGUUGAGCCCGAUGGCACCCGUCGCGUCGUUGAGUACACCGCUGAUCCCGUCAACGGAUUCAACGCCGUUGUUCACCGUGAACCAGCUGUCGUUAAGGCCGUUGCCCCAGUUGCCAAGAUCGCCGCCCCUCUGGCCUACCCAGCCGUCGCCAAGGUCGGAUACCCAGGUGCCUACCCAGCUGCCUACCCCGCUGCCCAUCUGGGAUACCCAGCCCUCGGUUAAACAACCCAACCUCUAAUCGACCCCUGAAAAAUUCUCAGUUCUUCUCUAAAAACUUCUCAGCAAAGUCAUUAGUCUAUACUUUAUUUAUUUAUUCUACUUCUCUACGCUAUUCUACAACUUAUUUUUUCCUGCAUUUUGCAAAAAAAAACUUUCCUAUUACUUCUCCAACAGAGCAACGAAUGUGAGUCCUCUAGUUAUUCCAAGCUCAUUUAAAACGUGUGUACAAAAAGUAUAACUUUGUAAAUACAAGCCAUCUUACUAUUAACGAAGAAGCGUGCGAUGAGAUUUAAAAAUCUCUUUCCUUGACUGUGUGUGACUUAAACAGAGUGUAAAUUAUACUAGUGUUAAAGAAAUGAUGCAACGGCAUCGUGUACAAAAAUAAAUGCAAUUUCUAUAAAGGA